UGCCGUUGUCAACACAGGCGAAGGGGUGUGUUUGAGUUUGUGCCUGUCGGAACCAUCACGCUGACUGACCUGGCGAAACUUUAAUCAGGCAAAAAAUAGCAGUUAAACUUCAGUGAUGAUAAUACGAUUUAAUAAUUGAUUGGAGUGCCUCGGAAAUUGGUGAAAAUGCUUAGAUUCCUUUCGCGCCGUAGGGGACGCAGUACCACUGCUCAGGGCGGUUCGUCCCAUAUUAAAAAUCAGAGAUUAUUGGGAAACAAAAACGUUGUUCAAUGCAGGGUAAUCCUGUUGGACGGGACAGACUUGCCCAUAGAAUUAUCGAAAAAAGCACUGGCCAGCGAUCUCUACGAACAAGUUUUCUACAGUCUGGAUUUGAUCGAGAAGGAUUAUUUUGGGCUACAGUAUACAGACAGCAACAAUGUGCAGCAUUGGUUAGAUCCGACCAAACCAAUUAAGAAACAAGUUAAAAUCGGACCACCAUAUACCUUACGAUUGAAAGUGAAAUUCUACUCUUCGGAGCCAAAUACUCUGAGGGAGGAACUGACGAGAUACCAAUUCUUUCUCCAAUUGAAGCAUGAUCUCCUCGAUGGAAGACUACACUGUCCUCAUCCAGUUGCCGUGCAAAUGGCAGCACUUGCUUUGCAAUCUGAAUUGGGCGACUACGAUCCUUCGAUACACAGCGCAGCGACGGUAUCAGAAUUUCGCUUUGUGAACGAUCAAACAGAGCAGAUGGAGUUGGAAAUUCUUGAAGAAUAUGCAAAGUGUUCCGGUCUAAGCCCAGCACAGGCAGAAUCAGCGUAUCUUGGAAAAGCUAAGUGGCUAGACAUGUACGGAGUAGACAUGCAUACGGUACUUGGCAAGGAUGCGUGUGAAUAUUCUCUCGGUUUAACACCAACUGGAAUUUUGGUAUUUGAGGGUUCACAAAAAAUCGGGUUAUUCUUUUGGCCGAAAAUCGGGCGCUUGGAUUUUAAGAAAAAAAAACUGACACUGGUUGUCGUGGAAGAGGAUGAUCAGGGCCAAGGAGAGCAAGAGCACACUUUUGUUUUCCGACUAGCCAAUGAAAAAGCCUGCAAACAUUUGUGGAAGUGCGCAGUUGAACAUCAUGCCUUCUUUCGACUACGUGCGCCGGUCAAGGGAGCUGGUGCUCGCCAAAACUUCUUCCGAAUGGGUUCCAGAUUUCGAUAUAGCGGGAAGACUGAAUUUCAAACUACUCAGCUAAACAGAGCUCGACGUACCGUUCAAUUCGAACGGCGUCCCAGUCAGAGAUAUGCAAGACGUCAAAGCCACGUCCUUCGAGAACGCCAGCAUCAGGUCGAACAGCCGGCCGUUCAGCCACAGAUUCAACCACAAGCUCCAACUCAACCACCAGUUGCUGUAGAAAUCGAUGCACUGCGUCGUGAGCCGAGCAGGUGCAGCUCUAAUUCAACAAGCUCGAGCAUCCAAGGAGCCUCUUCUCCAUUGGUAGAUUCCUUGCUGAAGUCAUUAGCCAAGGAUCAGCAUCCACCUGAACCAAGAAAUCAGACCACCGCAGUGGGUACCGAUAAAGAAGCUGAGCCAGUUAAGCCAAGUUUAACUGCCGAGAGUAUGACUAGUCAGCAAUCGCAAUUGGUACCCAAUAAUCAGGUCGGUGGCGGCUCUACGCUGCCCCCUCGCACUCCUAUACCUCCUGAAUCAUUAAAAUGUAACAUUCUGAAGGCAAAAUCACUGGAACAGGGUAAAAACUCAAACCUGAUAUCAGUCAGUGCCGUUGAGCUGCCGUCUCUUCCUGCAGACAAGAAUCGGCACACCGACGCUGCUACAAUUGUAUCUGUGGGCGGAGAUAAAUUGACCCUCUCCGUGACCGGAGCUGCCGCUACCCCAUCGGCUGAUGAUUCGGUGACAGUCACCCAUUUUUCACUGGACAGUUGGGGACAGAUUGAACAGAAGACUACGCCGCUGACUCCAAAAGUAUCUAAUCAGUCCCAAAAUCCGUUCAAUCCGUUUACAACGACCGAAAAUAACGACCUUGCACAAACUUCGGAGGAAAAGGAUAAGCCUGUUGUUCGGAUCAGCGAAGAAGACGAGAAUAAAAAUACCAAUCCUUUCAUUGACUGCAACCCGUUCUUGGGUAUGCUCAAUCCAUUUAAGGAGGAACAAUCUCUAAUUUUGGAGAAGAGAGACGAAGGAGAAAGAGAAGUCGAGCGUGGCGGAGCCAGGAUAGUUAAAACAGAAGAGAUUCAAACUACAACAACCACCGUUGCUCACAAGGAAGACGGACAAGAGGCUUCGGAUAUCAGUCCGUGGCUUGUGGCCGAUCCUACUCAGGAGACUUCAUCAAUUCAAAGUCCUGCUCGCCACACCGUUAUCACCAGAAAAACAGUCAUAACUACGCAGCUUUGAAUCCUGCCAGAUUUUGGUUCAGUAUUGUUAAUUAUUAUUAGUGCAACAGUAUCGUUCCUUUCAGGUACAUAAUUAUCUAUAAUAAUAUCCAUAAACACUCCGCAAAUGCCUUAUAAACAUCGAGGAAGAUUUCCACUCAACGAGGAAUUAUAUUUAACAAAAGAAAAAAGAACAAGAUUAAGCUUGAAUUAGUGAAUACCUGAAACGUCAGGUAAAACGGUUGAGACGGACGUUUAUUCAAAAUUAUUAUUUAUUUGUAAAUAAGAUAAAAAAUUUUGAUCUUCCUCAAUCCGUAUAAACCAUACAUCACGUUUUUCCAAUAUUUCCAACCAUAUAUCCAUUGCAAAGUAUUAAAUGGUGAAUAAUUAACGAAGGCAGCUAAAAUGAGUAUUGAAAAGAAAAACCAAUACUCAUACUCUUAUUGGGGUGGACUGAGGAAAGAAUCUCUUAAACGAUAUAGUAUCUAAUCGGUAAACGUAAUAUUGGGACCAUAACGUUUAUAACAUUUAUAUAUAUACUUAAAAAAAAACAUGUUGCAGUACUAUUAAAAUAUGCAAACAUAAAAACGUAUACAUGACUACCUUAAACUUUGGCACGCCAAAUGUGCUGAAUAACUAACUUAGGGUACAAUUAUAUACGUGUUUAGUCAAGACAGCUCGUGAAGAGAUUGUGCAGCAAUAUUAACACUACAUCGAUUAAUCUUUUCCCUAAACGAUUUCAAUGAAAUGGUCCUGAGAAUUUAUACCGAUGCUCAUUGCGAUGCCCUUGGUAAUUGAAAUUGAUAGUUUGCAGUAUUCGUAGUCCACCAACGUGUUCAAUUGAUGCAAACGACUGAUGUCUGAAGAAUUUUUCUUGUCUACUUUUUUUUACACACACUGUACGAGCUCUCUUCCACGAGCAAUUUAUACGUGAAUAUUUUUAACGGAAUAUAUACAUUUAUUGUGUGUAUUAAUAUUAUCAGAUAUUCUUAAAAAUGUAUUAACGGUAUGCAUUCCAGUAUACAUAGAAGUUGAUAACGUGGCCUUAAUAUGUCAUAAUUCUUGUCGUAAAAAUUGCCUUAUUAGGUAUUUACAUAUUAUAAUUAUGAAAUAUACACAAAAAAUAAAAAGAAAACGAAAAUAAAAAAAAAUUAUAUAUGUACCUAGACUCUUCCUAAAAAGAGAUAAAUAGCAAUAUAUUAAUAUACAUAUACAUAAAUAUUAUUAUAUUAAUUUUUAAUUUAGAUGUAAUAAUAGAAUUUUAUAAUGUUAUGCGUGAAUUCCCUGAUCUAUUCCGUCCCAUAAAUAAAGUAUAAAAUAAUAAAAUUAAAAAA